AUGAGCAAUUUUCAAGGCGGCACCUGGCUCUUUGAUGUGGGUGAAUGUACACAGUUACAAAUACAAAAGACGUCGUCUAUCAAACCAAGCAAAAUCACGAAAAUUUUUCUGACUCACGCCCACGGGGAUCAUUCGUUCGGACUACCGGGACUUCUGUGUUUAAUGGGGCAAGAUCGCGAUCGGGAAAAUAGUCCACCAGUCGAGAUUUACGGUCCCGAAGGCCUGCGCAUGUGGUUGCGUGUUGCCAUUCGCUAUUCUGGUGGACGUAAUAUAUAUCCUCAAUACGACCAUCCUCUUUGCGCCGACGGCGCGCCUAUGUGGGAAAUUGAAGACGAGGAAGACGUCAAAGUAUACGCAGCACCCAUGAGUCACGGCAUUCCUUGCUUGGGCUAUGUUGUGGAUGAGUUGCCACGUCCGGGUCGCUUACGCAACGAGGUAGUUGAACCCAUUGUCAAGCGUAAUGUACAAGCGCUACGAGAAGCUGGUUUUACCGUUCCGAUGAAGGCUAUGGCGGUACUCAAGAAUUUACCACCCGGAAACGCGUUUACGUUCCCCGAUGGUACCGUCGUGCAGCAAGAAGACGCGGUCGAACCGCCACGGGAAGGCCGUAAAGUUGUGAUUGGCGGCGACACGGCCGAUUGUAGGGCCUUACGCAAUCUUGCCCAGAACGCCGACUUGGUAAUACACGAAGCCACCAACUGUUAUCUCCAAGGAGUCGAUAAGGACACGGACGUACGUGAAGUCACUCGAGAUGCCGUGAUGCACGGGCAUUCGACACCACAGAUUGCCGGCGACUUUGCCCGAUCCGUCAACGCUAAGCGACUAGUCUUGAACCACUUUUCGGCUAGGUAC